AUGCAACCAGGUGUUCGUCAUUCCUUAGAAGUUUACUGUGAACCAUGUGUUGGUCAUUCCUUGACCGUUCGCUAUAAACCAGGUGUUGAUCAAUACUUGGUCGCUAGCUGUAUACCAUGUGGUGAUCAUUCCUUGGUGAUUCGCUGUAUACCAGGUGUUGGUCAUUGCUUGGUCGUUUGCUAUACACCAGGUGUUGAUCAUUCCUUGGUCGUUCACUGUAUACCAGGUGUUGAUCAUUCCUUGCUUGUUCAUUGUAUAACACGUGUUGAUAAUUACUUGGACGUUUGCUGUAUACCAGGUGUUGUUCAUUCCUUGGUCCUUUGCUAUAUACUAGGUGUUGGUCAUUCCUUGGUCGUUCACUAUACACCAAGUGUUGAUCAGUUCUUGGUCAUUCGCUGUAUUCCAGGUGUUGAACAUCCCUUGAACGGUCGUUGUGUUGAUCAUUCUUCCUUGGUUGCUCACUGUAUACCAGGUGUUGAUCAUUCCUUGGUCGUUUGCUAUACACCAGGUGUUUAUUAUUCCUUGAUCGCUCGCUGUAUACCAGAUGUUGAUCAUUCCUUGGCGGUUCGCUUUAUACCAGAUGUUAAUUAUUUCUUCGACUUUCGCUGUGCGCCAGAUGUUUCUUAUUCCUCAUUCGUUCACUGUGCUCAAUUUUUCCUUAUCCGUUGCACGAUUCAUUUCCAUAGUUUUUAUUCUUAUCUAUUUAAUUUUUAUCUAUCUAUCUAUCUAUUUAUCUAUCUAUUUAUCUAUCUAUCUAUCUAUCUAUAA